AUGGCGACGUCCCUAAUUUGUGGCCGCUUGACAGCUAGCCUAAGAAAAUCGGGGACCAGAACGACAAUUAACUCUGCAUCCAAGGUUCUAGGUGGCUCUCCAGGUCUAUUUGGUGGCCAUGGGAAACAGCAGCAGCCCCCCCACUUCCAGCAGCAGAGAAACCUCUCUCUGCAUGAGUACAUGAGCAUUGGCCUGCUGAAAGAGGCUGGCAUCUCAGUGCCAGCAGGCAUGGUGGCCAGCUCCUCGGACGAAGCAUAUGCUGUUGCCAAGAAGAUUGGUUCCAAGGAUCUAGUUGUGAAAGCCCAAGUGCUGGCUGGUGGUAGGGGGAAGGGGACCUUUGAGGGCGGACUAAAAGGAGGCGUGAAGAUCGUCUACUCGCCAGAGGAGGCCCGUGACAUCUCAUCUCAGAUGAUUGGUCGAAAGUUGUACACAAAGCAGACAGGGGAGGCUGGUCGUAUCUGCAACCAGGUUUUCAUUUGUGAGCGCAGGUAUCCACGCAGGGAGUACUACUUUGCCAUUACAAUGGAGAGAUCCUACCAGGGUCCCGUGUUGAUAGGCAGUUCUCAGGGAGGCGUGAACAUCGAAGAUGUGGCAGCGGAGAAUCCAGACGCCAUUGUUAAGGAGCCUAUUGACAUUGUGGAAGGCAUCAAGAUGGAGCAGGCUGUCAAGGUAGCACAGAAAAUGGGUUUUCCCACAGCACUGAUAAACGAAGCUGCUGAGAACAUGAUCAAACUGUACAACGUUUUCAUGAAGUAUGAUGCAUCCAUGUUGGAGAUCAACCCCAUGGUGGAGGACUCCUCAGGCAUUGUGAUGUGCAUGGAUGCCAAGAUCAACUUCGACUCAAACGCAGCAUACCGCCAGAAGAAGGUGUUUGACAUGCAGGACUGGACCCAGGAGGACCCCCGGGACCGGCAGGCCGCUAAGGCUGACCUCAACUACAUCGGCCUAGAUGGAACCAUUGGCUGCCUGGUAAACGGAGCAGGUCUGGCCAUGGCCACCAUGGACAUCAUCAAACUCCAUGGUGGCACGCCAGCCAACUUCCUGGAUGUGGGGGGUGGAGCCACAGCCCACCAGGUGACUGAAGCCUUCAAGCUCAUCACCUCCGAUAGGAAGGUGCAGGCCAUCCUGGUGAACAUAUUUGGAGGUAUCAUGAGAUGUGAUGUCAUCGCCCAGGGCAUCAUCAUGGCUGUUACAGACCUGGAUCUCAAGAUACCCAUUGUUGUGCGGUUACAAGGGACGAGAGUGGAUGAUGCCAAAGCACUGAUUGCUGCCAGCCCACUGAAGAUCUUGGCCUGUGACGACCUGGAUGAGGCUGCCAAAAUGGUUGUGAAGCUUUCUGAAAUCGUGUCACUGGCUAAGGAGGCUCAAGUUGACAUCACCUUCCAGCUGCCCAUCUAAGUCAUCAUGACCUUUGACCUCCACCCCAAUCAUCCACAUUCACGCACACUCCUCCCCCGAACUCCUGCUUCCCCAACAGUCAGAAAGACGAGCCUCUUGCACCUGGGAGAAAAUGACCUUUGAGACAGCUGUUUUUUUUUUUUUUUAGAUCCUCGAGUUUUUUUUUUAGAUUUACUC